AUGUGGCUUCUUGAUUACUUUAGCAACUGGACCCAUGAUGACUUUAAACGGCUUAGCGUACACGUCCAGAAAAAGAUCAAGGACAUGCUAAUGGACCGAGGCAUCUUUGUCGAUUAUGUUGGCAGGAAGAAGAUGAUUGCAAAGGCACUAGAUGAUUUAGUGCAGAUGACUAGGAUGCCUGAGUGGCCGCAUGAGAUUGCUGCCGCCAAAACCUUUGACUCACGGUCGAAAAUGGCCAAGGGUCAGUUCCCUCAACUUACUACAAAAAAUGGCAGUGAAGAAGAGGAACCAGAGGUAAUAGUCUCUUCUAUCGAGAGUGGCAAGAAGGACAACGCAAAGGUGCCACGAGAUGACAAGCCUAAUGGACCUCAAGAUCGCCUAAGCUUGCCUGGACCUGCUUAUACUUACCCAUACCGCCCCAAACUUGAGGACGACUGGCAUAGGCAGACACCGCGUUAUACUAUAGCACCCCCAGCGCCUGGGAUCUCAAUGCCAUUAGGAGAGUGGGAUGAUUGGACCAUGCUACCACCUAGAGAAGUUGAGUGUGAGCCUAUUGAUUCAAAGUCAAUGCUCACGUUUGUCAAGAUAUGGGAUAAAAAGUUUGCUUACUCUGGAGAUCGGUAUGAUAUCUUGGACGAUAAAGUACGCGCAUUCUUAAGAGCGUGCAAGCUCUCUAGCAUUCUGAUUAGUCAAUGUUGGGAAGUCUUUCCUGAGAUGCUAUCUGGACGUGCAGGGGCGUACUAUAUGCACCAUGUCAAGCCAGGUGCUUUGUUCGCUCAGGCGUAUAAUGCGAUAAAAGUGUACUUUGACACGCCCAACAACCAGACAGAUUACUACCAGGAGUGGACCACAGUCACCCUGGCUGGAGAGCGCCAAAGCAAUCCCGGUAAAUUGUUGGUUGAGGUUCGAGCGUUAGGAUUGGCAUAUGCUGGUGAUGAACAUCUCAUCGCUGCCAUCACGAGAGCGUGUCAAUCUACACCAGAAAUGGGCGAGGCUCUCAGUGAACCAACAAGCAGCUUCCAGAUAAUCAUUUCUAAGCUGCGUGCCAGGGACGCACAAAUCGCCACGACUAUCCUAGAUCGCGUCAAGAAUACCAACGCAAGAACCGUGACGACGCUAAACAACUCAGGAAGAGCGAUAGAAGGUGCUUUAUUUGUUAUCAAGAGAACUGCUGUUCAUGGAAGCAUUCUGAAGAAGAACGCCGCGAAGCACGAGGAAGACGAGGAUUCCACUGAGGAGGAGGUUAAGCAGGACGUGGCCACCGCGUACUUUAUGGUCAACCAACUGCAGGAUCGUGCCUUUAUCCACCGGAUAACAGGCUGCAAUAAUGGCAUAGAGCCGCCUGGACUUCACCUUGAUUUUGAAGUUAAAUCAUCUGGCCAAUCAGAAGGCGAGAAUAACUACCUUGCACCUGCCUCUCAGUUUCUUCUCGACCGCCAUAAAAAUGAGACUUUUUAUGGGAUCAUGCCAGAUACAGGAGCAUCGACUGUCUCAACCGUUGGUAAAGGACAACUUGCUGCCUUCCUGAGACUCUAUCCCCACACCAAGGUCGAUAGAUCGCGUGUAGGGGAGUACUCAGUCCGCUUUGGCAUGGGCGACCCGAUAACCUCGACUGCAGUGAUUACCGUGGAAUCGCAGUUUGGUGAUAUAGAAUUCAACGCCAUGGAUUCACCAACGCCUUUCCUGUUCUGCCUCAAAGAUAUGGAUCGCCUACGCGUUAAAUUUGACAACUUUACCAAUGAGAUGAUCCAGGGAGAUCUUAUCGUACCGGUCAUUCGCAAGCGAGGCCACCCGUGGUUCUUCCUGGAUGAGAAGUACGCACCAGAGGCGUUUCUAACUGAGGUUGAGAUGAGGCGGUUACACCGCCGAUUCGGUCACCCUGCAGUUGACAGGCUGCACAAGGUCUUAAAGCGUGCAGGCCAUCUUGACGUGGAUUAUAAGAUGCUUGCGCAGAUUGAGGAAUUCUGCCACCAUUGCCAAAUAAACCGGCAAGCACCUAGACGAUACAGAUUCACGUUGCAUGACGACUGUGAGUACAACUACGAGAUCGUUGUUGACGUUAUGUAUCUUGAUGGCAAGCCAGUACUGCAUAUCGUUGAUUGGGCAACCUCAUUCCAAGCAGCGAGAUUCUUGAAGUCCCUAUCAACUAAGGACACCUGGGAAGCGCUUCGGGCAGCAUGGAUUGACACAUAUCUUGGUCCCCCUGAUGUUAUAUCCCACGACGCAGGAACAAACUUUGCUGCAGUAGAAUUUAGAACUGAGGCUAGGAUGAUGGGAAUCCGGUGCCACCAGGUGCCUGUCGAGGCUCACAACGCUAUUGGCAAGGUCGAACGGUACCACACACCACUGCGCCGCGCUUAUAAUAUCAUAUUGUCGGAACUUGGUGCAAGCGUCGACAAGGAGAUCAUACUUCAGAUGGCGGUUAAGGCUGUUAAUGACACAGUAGGACCAGAUGGAUUAGUACUAACCGUACUAGUCUUUGGUGCCUAUCCUCGCAUGACUUACAACUCGCCACCAUCAGCAUUGACAGCAAAGCGCGUCCAGGCCAUGAGGAAGGCCAUGAUUGACUUAAGGAACGCCAUGGCCACGCGUAAAGUCAAUAACGCUCUCAAGGCCAGGAACGGCCCGAUUGUCACGGAAACGCUCAACCUGGCACCAGGAACCGACGUGCAGGUCUGGCGAGAAGGUAAAGGAUGGACUGGCCCGCACAAAGUUAUCUCAGUCAACGAUUACAAUGUGAUUGUGGACCUACCCAGCGGUAUUACUGAUUUCCGUGCAACUUCAGUCCGACGUUACCAGCGAGACGAGAUCGAGUCGCCUCCGACUCGGCGCCUACUAGACACUGAUCUUCCUCCUCAAAAGGAGGAAGAAGGUAGAGAAAUCGACGGCCUACUGGCGGGCCGGCAAAGCGGCCCAGUAGUUGCUCGGGGAUCCUCAUCAUGUGACGCUGCCGCAGAAGUGGAAUCAGGAGAGCAUGCCGGCGCUGUGAAUCCGAAUCGCCGCCUGAGGAAGAGAGGGAUUCAUGUUCCUGAUGCACCGGUGAUGCCGCCAGCGCCACGCCGCCGAGGACGGCCCCCAGGUUCGAAGAACAAGCCAAAGACCUAUACGACUGAGGUCGAGGUGUUCCUAUCUAGGAAGGAAAAAGAUGACCUGGGACUAGCAGUCAAGCUGCGCCGAGAAGGGAAGAUAACCGCAAACGGCGCGCCAUUUGAGCUCUCUGCAAUGGCUGAGAUCGAUGGUCUCAUUGCGAAUGGCACUUUCAAGAUAAUACACCGUGAAGAUUUGGAUCUCAGAGCUGUACGAAUCUUCAACUCCCGGUUGGUCAAUGAGAUAAAAGGCAAGAACGAGGAGCCGUACGAGAAGUCACGCCUCGUCAUACAGGGUUAUAACGACGCGGGCAAGACUGGCAUAUUGACACAAGCGCCGACGAUUCAGCGCGCCAGCCAGCGCCUCAUCGUAUCACUUAUCGCUACGCUGAUUCUCAUGGGCAUGGUCGUCGAUCUGCGUGAUAUUACCCAGGCGUACACUCAAUCAAAAAGCAAGCUACAGCGCCUGAUUGUUGCCAACCUGCCGGCCGAGAUGAGAGAUAAAUACCCUCCGGAUUCGCUACUCCUUGUGGAAGGUGCCUUGUACGGGAUCCCUGAAGCCGGUGUACACUGGUUUGACAUAUAUCAAUCCCAUCACAAGGACCGGCUUGGUAUGGAGACAUCCACGUACGACCCGUGCCUUCUCAUGACGACCGAGGGAAAGGAGAACUUUGGCCUUAUCGGUAUGCAGACGGACGACACCCUGCUUGUCUCAACAGAAAGUUUUGCCAGAGAGGAACAAGCGGCCUUACAAGAAGCUGGCUUCAAGGCGAAGCCUAAGACACGCCUAUCCCAACAAGUACCACUAGAAUUCAAUGGCGCUAGAAUCACCUUGCAAGAUGGGAAAGUCUAUCUCCGCCAAAAGGGACAAGCCGCAAAGAUAAAGCCAGUGGGCAAGAAAGAUCGCGCACAAAAGUACAUGGAACAACGCGCGCGCGGUGCAUACUUGGCUUCAAUCUGCCAACCCGAAGCGGCGUACGAUUUGGCAGUUGCCGCUCAGCUGCAGGAGAAAGACCGCUCUGAGGCAGAUUAUGACGUGUUGAAUAAACGCCUUAUAUGGCAAGCCGAGAACCCGGAUAGAGGACUCUGUUUCGUACCAAUUAAUUUAACCAAGGCCAAAAUCAUGGUAUUUACAGACGGUUCCUUCGCCAAUAACCGGGACUUGACCUCCCAAAUUGGCUUCCUCAUUGCCAUGGUAAACGAGGACUUUUCCCAAUCAGGCCAAUUCACGAUAACCGGCAAUAUCUUGCACUGGGCCUCGUCUAAGUGCAAACGGGUUACACGCAGUGUACUGGCCUCCGAGAUUUAUGGCCUCACUACUGGCUUCGACCAAGGUUUUACCCUGGCCAGCACAGUCAACAUGAUCACCAAGAGGCUCGGCCAACCUGAGAUGCCGGUAGUAAUCUGCACGGAUUCCUACUCGCUAUAUGAGUGCCUCACGAAGCUUGGAACAACCAAAGAAAAGCGCUUAAUGAUUGAUCUCAUGGCGCUUCGCCAGUCAUAUGAGCGACGUGAGAUUGACGAGAUCCGGUGGAUCCACGGUGACGAUAACCCUGCAGAUGCCUUCACAAAGUCAAACCCGAACAAGGCCCUGCAGGACCUCGUUGAAUAUAACAAGGUGACGAUCCGGGUGGAAGGUUUCGUUGAGAGGACUAGGACCAAUUAGGAAGCGACUAGG